AUUUGAAGCCUUUCUGUAUCUCUUUUGCUCAUUCUCUGCUAUGGACAGCCACGCUUCUGAGCCACCGCGCUCACCUUCGCCUUCUGCAAGUGUCAAGUCUAAUCCCGCGGAGACCGGACAACCGACGAACACAGCACGCGCGGUUACCAACAAACUUUUGAAAAACGUACGCGAAACGCCCCGCCACCGUCGUCACACUGAGAAUCGAUCGCAUGCGAGUGGCACCAUGGAGGAACAUAGAGCCGAUGUAGUCGAAGACCUUGGACACGUUCCGGAGGUUUCUCUGGAAUACUACAAACAAUUUGUUCUUCCCCAUGCUGCCUAUCAAGAUCAUGUUGAAGAGAUCGUUCAAGUUCUUGAAGUCAAUGGCGUACUGAAGGCCUUUGAAGACGAGUCGGGACUACGAUGGGCGGACUUUCCUAACGACCCCAAGGACAGUGGAAAUACAGAAAACGAAACUUUCAAGUAUAUGGCGACUAUUGCGGCAGCUAUCGUCAAAGCAGCUCUGCAAGUGCUUCCUGGAGAUCGGCAACCUACAACGGUCAUGGAAUGCAAACCUCAUGAGCCGGCUAUUUCAGAAGGGCGCAAUGGUUCAUUCAUCUCAGAUGGGCACUACAGAGUUCUUCAAUCCAGACGUCCGAAGUACUUCCAAAACGCGACAUCCCGUACGGUCGUGGUCGCGACUACUGACUCUGAUAUUGAUAAACUUGCCUGCGACCGGCCGGCGCUAGAAGAAUAUAAGCGCGACGACCAAGUUGACGACCGGAAUGACAAUAUCGCAAAAUUGGUUGGGAACGCAUCUCAAGCUAUGUACGCUAAACCUACUCGCCGUUUUAUGUUUGGAACUACGAUUGAGAACACGAGCGCUCGGUUCUGGUUCUUCUCGCGAGCUAUUGUCCUCACCUCUGAACCAUUCAACUUCAUCAAGGACUAUACGCAUCUGAUCCGUUAUGUGCUUUCCUUGUCCUUUGCGACUGAAGAAGAACUUGGCUACGAUCUAUCUGUUACCCGUAUCGCCUAUCCCCUCGAUGAAAAUCCCUCAGCACACACCAUCCAAUAUGAUUAUCGUGUAGGCGAGAACACAUACCGGACCAUUGAAUGUCUCAGCUCUUUCCGCGCAAGUGGUCUUCUCUCUCGCGCUACCCGAGUCUGGAGGGUCCGCCAGCUCAAUGACCCAGACCAUCGAGAAUGUGCACUCAAAGAUGUUUGGAUACCUUCUGACGCUAAAACGGAACUCGAAAUCCAACAAGAGAUAUUUCGUAGUAUCGAGGAGAACUGCCCAGAGAUCGACAAAGAGUACCGAAAGCAUUUUAUGGAGAUUUUGCAGUGCGAGGUGAUUCAGACCUUUCAAAAGUACAGCGACGAUAUGCCGGUCUUCGUGCGUGCCCCUUUGGAGAAGAAUAAAGAGGUCACUCUUCACAUAAACAAAACGGCGAAGGGCGGCCGAAUCCUAUCCGGAACAACCGUCAGUGCGCCCACGGGAGGAAGUUAUGCCAACCGAAAGGAUACCCCGGCACUAAACCGUCUUUAUAAAGGCAGGAAGCAUGUUCGAGUAGUGUUUGCAGAUGUCGGAAUGCCUCUUAGUGAAGUGCGGCAGCAUGAUGUCUUGUUCACAGCUCUCGCAAACGCAUUGAAAGGCCUUCAAUACAUGUCUAUGGGCCAUUACGUUCAUCGAGACAUUUCCGCCGGCAAUAUUAUUCUGUGUAAUGAUGGAACGGCGAAGAUAUCUGACCUCGAGUACGCCAAGAAGUUUUUAUCUGAUGGCCCACAAAACGAUCCGAAAACAGGCACUCCGGUCUACAUGGCCGUAGAGGUGCAAGAGACAGGGUAUUUCUUCCUCGCUGUACAAAAUGUGAAAGUGCGCGGAAAGACUCCUCGGCGCCCGAUCUUUUUGCACAAUUACCUACACCACGUUGAAUCCCUUUUCUGGGUUGGGUUGCAUGCAUUGUUCUCAACAAUACCGACAACAUACAGCGAGAUGCACCUCACAGAAUGUGGACCACAACGUCAGUUAUUCAACUCCAUUUUUCCCCACCGUCUUGAUGGUGGAUUGGGUCGUCGUCAUCUAUUUAUCGAGGGGGACUUCCAGAAUGCAGAGGAUGUACUACCUGUGGAAUACAGGCCUGCUUUGGAGGAGUUUUCUUGCCUAGGGAAUGCCCUGGUCAACAAGUACGUCGCAGCCUACAACAAGCCGAAUUUCCCUCAGCACGAAAAUUUCGACUCGGUCUAUGCUACGGGAGAUCCUGAUGACGAUCUAUUCUCCUUAUUCCAAGCUGUGGCGGAUGCAGCCUACAAUGGCGAUACGCAGCUGUUACCCGUCGAAGGCGUCGGUAUCACCGUACCACCGCGGGUGCCGCUCUUUAGAGAGAAGAGUGAUAAUGGCGAUCGGGCAGAUGAUCAAACUUAUGUCGAUAAUGGUUCAGACCUUUCGGACGGCGUCGAUGAUGAAGAACCACCUCACAAGAUGCGACGCAAAGGAAGGAAUGCAAAGCAGAAGGUCAGCAGUCGCAGUACAUCCGUUGUGAAUGGGUCAGUAGGAAGCGCUCAAAGCGCAGGAAAGAGAAAGAGAUGUUAGGAAAUGUCACCGACGUAUAGGUGUUUGUGUUCUUUGUCUGUAUCGCGCGACUUAAUGAAUUUAUGGCUUCGGACUAUGACUGAUUCCCAUCGUUGCGUACCAAGGUAUAAGGUCAUUUAAAAAAGGGAAACAUAUCUGGGCGGCGUGGUUACCAUCCUCAAGGC